UAUAGAAUUGUUAACUCAAUUUCUUUGAACUUAAACCAUCCUGGGUUGACGAAACAAGUGAAAGUGGAGCUCAUUCACCGCACUAGCAUGCGCUAAGCGUUAUCUACAUCUAAUCAGAUCGAUCAACAACUAAUCAAUGGGUUUCUAUGACAUCCACUUCUCAGCCACGAACCAGGAUCAAUGCGUCCGAGGUACAGAAGUGCUCCGGCACUCGCUUGCUUCCUUUUCUUUUUCUUGCUUCGUGUUUCUUCGUUGUGAGAUUUUUGACAGCACAUGAGGAUGCCAGAUUGAACUUUACUCCUCUAGUAAUCACUCAUUCUCACUCAGGCGAAGCUUUCAACCACUCAUUAACGCCAAUACCAUCUCACGACAGCUUCCAUCAUGUCUCUCCGCUCGCAAACACUAACCUACCCACACUUCUACGUCUCCUUCCCCCACGAGAGAAUCGUGCAAGUGACGCUCAACCGACCUGAGAAAUUGAAUUGCGUGGAUCUGACUACGAGUCGCCAGAUCGCCAGGAUAUGGGAGUUGUUUGACAAGGAUGAGAGCUUGUGGGUCGGUAUCAUUACGGGUGUUGGGAGAGCGUUCUGUACGGGAGCGGAUUUGGGUGAAUGGAACUCACUCAACUCCACCUCCACAACAAACAGUAUGGCCGCCCCCGGACUCGCCGGCCUCCCUCGCCGCUCAGGCAAGAAACCCAUCAUCGCAGCCGUUAACGGGAUCUGUAUGGGCGGCGGCUUUGAGAUGAUCGCCAACUGCGACAUGAUCCUCGCUGCGUCGACAGCUGUGUUUUCUCUCCCAGAAAUCAAAAGAGGUAUUGUGCCUGUCGCCGGGUGUUUACCUCGCUUGGUGAGGACAUUGGGACUGCAGAGGACGAGCGACUUGGUGCUGACCGGGAGGAGUGUCAGUGCGAGGACUUUAGAAGCAUGGGGCUUGGUGAAUAGGGUCAUUGAGAUUGAACAGGGGGGAGACAGGGCAAAGAAGAAUGUUGGAGAAGGUAAAGAGGUGGUGGAUGCUGCUAUUGAGCUGGCAAAAGAGAUGUGUAGUAACAGUCCUGAUGCAAUGAUAGUUGGACGGACGGGUAUCAGACUUGCCUGGGAAGCGGGGAGUGUGGAAGAUGCUGUUGAUGUCUUGGAGCGGGAUUGGUAUCCAAGUUUGGUAAAGGGGGAGAAUUUCAAGGAGGGAAUUAAGGCUUUUGUGGAGAAGAGAAAUCCGGUUUGGGUGGAGUCGAAGCUGUGAGUGGGAUAAUACAGUAAAUGACUUUGACGAGAUCGAGUGUGGAUAUGAUGAGUGACGUUGGCAUGCUGGUUUGCUGGCAGAACGGCUGCUGACUACCGAGAACUACUGGAAGAUCCUAAGUGAGCCGCACUGCUUCGAAAAUCACUAAUGCGAAAGACUCUAUACUUUUGAAUCCAAGAGGCAAACUAUCAUGGGAGGAAGUCAGAAAUAUUCAAGCCUUGAACUGUUGUGUACCUCCACAUGUGUUCAAAAACUUUCUUGCUAUUGGCAGCUUUUGGAUAUUGAUAUAGGGCAGUGCACAUAGAUGGAAUAUACUGACAAAUAAUAACACCAUGGACCUUCAUGAAUCCUCUCGAACGUCUAGAGAUAGAAGACGGAU